GAUGGUUUUCCGUGUGAUAAUUUUGGCUUGCAUUGUUUGUUAAUCAUUUUCACAUCCGUUCAAGCGAGAUCGAGUACAGAGUCUCACUGUAUUUAUUGGUCUUUAACAAUGUAUAUGGUUCUGGUGUUUCUACAGUGCGACGGUCCGUCUCUCCUCGUGAGACGGUGAAUAAAUGGCAUUUCUCAAAGCUUCUUUUGGACUUUUAUCGAUCUAUAUUCUUGUCUUUGCCAUCUUUUCACCUGCUGUUCUUGAAGCCCAAUCCCUUUCCCUUGCACCUGCUCCUGGUCCCUCCAGUGAUGGUACUUCAAUAGACCAAGGGAUUGCAUACGUGCUAAUGCUUGUGGCGUUGGUGCUCACGUACCUCAUCCACCCUCUUGAUGCGUCUUCCCAUCAGUUCUAAAUUAUCUGUGCUACUUUCUUGUAGAAAUUGACCAUAGUAGGGGCUGACUGGCUGAGGUUAUGUGUUCUGUUCGACUAUUAUUAUUAUUAUUAUUAUGAAAACUCAAUCGUAAUUCAUUACUCUUAUCGGUGGUUAAGAAUCACUGUUAAACCCAUUGAAAAGUUUACACUAUUUCCUGCUUACUAACUUCUUAUUAUGGGUUGUCCACUUGUCGUGUCGUCCCGUAAAAUUCACACCCCAAAAUUACACGGAAAAAUCCUAUAUUUUCCCCGU